AUGUUAUCAAUUGUCAUUCCGGUUCUGAAUGAAGAAGAGUCGCUGUUGGAGUUGCAUCGACAGAUUGUGGAUGUCUGUCAGUCGAAUGCGAUCAAUGUCGAGAUGAUCUUCAUUGACGAUGGUUCCAACGAUUCCUCCUGGCAGAUUAUCUGUGACCUGGCUGAAAAGGAUCAGCGCGUCUUCGGGAUCCGGUUCCGUCGUAACUUCGGGAAGGCAGCUGCCCUGACAGCGGGGAUGAAUGCCGUGCGGGGGGAUUACAUCAUGAUGAUGGAUGCUGACCUGCAGGACGAUCCAGCGGAGAUCCCGAACUUUCUGGCUAAAAUUGAUGAAGGUUACGACGUCGUCAAUGGCUGGAAAGAACGCCGUCUCGACCCCUGGCACAAAGUCUAUCCGAGUAAAGUCUUCAACUGGAUGGUCAGUUCCCUCAACGGUCUGAAGCUGCACGACCAUAACUGCGGCAUCAAGAUGUUUCGCGCGGAAGUCCCCCGUGAAGUUCGUUUGUAUGGUGAGAUGCACCGCUUCAUCGCAGUGCUGGCUCACUCGCGCGGGUUUAAAGUGACGGAAGUACCGGUACACCAUCGACCACGUCAAUUCGGUUACUCGAAAUACGGCAUCAAACGUUUUCUACGUGGUUUCCUGGAUUUACUCACGGUGAAAUUCCUCACCAGUUUCGGACAGCGACCGCAGCACAUGCUGGGCGGCAUCGGCCUGCUCUUCUUCUCGCUCGGAACGCUCGGUCUGGUCUAUCUGGGACUGCUCUGGGCAUUCAUGAAUUUGAUCCCCAUCAUUGAGCCUUCUCCCAUCGGUGGAAGACCGCUCUUGCUCUAUUCCGUUGCAUCACUGUUGUUAGGAGCCCAGGGCCUUUCUCUCGGGAUGUUAGCCGAAUUGAUCGUCGCUAACACCGGCCGCGAACGAGACACCUACAGCGUCACCGAACGAACCUCAGUAUCGGAUGAUCGACCAGAGACAGUAAGCUCUUCGUGA